CGGCGCGGGGGGCGGGGCCGGGCGGCGCGGGCCCGCGGGGGUCAGUCGGAGCGCGGCGCCGAGCGAGGGAGGAGGUGCGGAGGGGCCUGAGCGGGCGGACCGAGCCGAGCCGGACCGAGCCGAGCCGAGGAUGAUAAACACCCAGGACAGUAGUAUUUUACCUUUGAGUAACUGUCCCCAGCUGCAGUGCUGCAGGCACAUUGUUCCAGGGCCUCUGUGGUGCUCCGAUGCCCCUCACCCACUGUCGAAGAUCCCCGGUGGGCGAGGGGGUAGCAGGGAUCCUUCUCUUUCAGCUCUGAUAUAUAAGGACGAGAAGAUCACUGUUAACCAAGAUGUCCCAGUGCACGAAGGGAAGCCUCAUAUUGUCCACUUCCAGUACAAGGUCACAGAGGUGAAGACUUCCUCCUGGGAUGCAGUGCUGUCUAAUCAGAGCCUCUUUGUGGAAAUCCCUGAUGGAUUAUUAGCUGAUGGAAGCAAAGAAGGGUUAUCAGCACUGUUGGAAUUUGCUGAAGAAAAAAUGAAAGUAAACUACGUCUUUAUUUGCUUCAGAAAAAGCAGAGAAGACAGAGCUCCGCUCCUGAAGACAUUCAGCUUCUUGGGCUUUGAAAUCGUGAGGCCUGGUCACCCCUCUGUCCCGUCGCGACCGGACGUGAUGUUCAUGGUGUACCCCCUGGAUCAGAACUCUUCCUCUGAUGAAGAAUAGCUGCAGCAGGGGACUUCAGUUCCAUCUGAAAAUGCUUUUGAGGGGAGAGAGGGUGAAAUCUCCUUUCUUGAGGAAAGGGAAAACAAGCUUCUGUUGGACUGAAACUGCAUUUCUCAUUGUUAGAUUGGCCUGUGUAUCCUCAGAGUUGACUAUCUCAUUGAAAUGUGUUGCCUAGAGAACUAUGUAUACACACAUGUAAUCACCAAAUAGUAAAUGGAAGAUGUUUAUGAACCGGCAUAGGAGCUCUUUACGUACAGCUGUGUGGUGUGUUAGCCUAGAGGCGCCUCGUGCCCAGGCCAUGUGUGGGAGCCUGGCAGUGUAGGGAAGCACAGCGGUAGAUGCAGUAUCAACUCCUUGACUUUUAUAAAUCAGUGUUGGUUCUUUCCUGAUCACCUGAUGUGUGGUGUGUGCUCAUCUGACAGACUACCUUUUUAUUUUCACUCAGACUCUUAAAUAUAAGGCAUGUUUUGGGUGUUAGACACAUGGAAGAGAUGUGCUUGAGUUAACUUUUAACACUACAUUAAAACCCCUAUGCGUCUCUGCUCUGGGGUAACCGAUGCUGUUUAACUGGUUUAACUUUUUUUUUUUUUUUUUUAAACUUCUUGCUCUUCCAGCUUUUGUUUAAGCAGUCUUACUCUGUUUAAUGUUACCACUGCACUAUCACAGCAUUCAAUAAAAGGGGCAUUCAGAUUAACUUCA